AUGAAGAUUACAUUUUAUUACUUUUUUCAACUUUACUUACUUUUCCAAGCACUUUCCAUUGGAGUUGCUGGGAAUCGAAUCAUUGGUGAUGUGUUGUAUGUCCACUCGGGACUUGACUCCAAAAUCAUUCUCAGAGAAGUACGUGAAGGAAAUGUGCCAUUAGACUUGAAGAUUGACGACGUUGUCAAAAAAGACCAUUUCAAUUUCAUCAUCAAUUUGGACGCAGUUGAGUACAUCAACAGUCAAAAUGUGGCAGCAACAGAUUCAAGUCAUGGCGAUGAAUCUUUGAUUCAAUUGGCGCAGCAAUACAUUCCACCAGAAAGCUUAGCUUCCACUUCGAUUGGUGAGAGAAUUCUCACAGGAGUGGCCAACCUAGUUGGUCCUUAUGUUGGAAAAACUUUUAAAUACAUAUUCAGCAACAUCAUCUUUAGAUACAUCAGGUACUUUUAUUUCUGGGCGUACCACAUUUCGAAAUACACUAUUAAAGUUACAGGAUUGUACCUUGAUAAUGUUGACACCCCUGUCAAAUGUUUUUAUGGAUUGGAUUGGAUUGAGACUCAAGAGCAUGGAAUCAACUUAGUGGGAUGGGAAACAUUCACCUUGCAUGAUAACUGCCAAGAGACUAUCAACUCCAAAUCCAUUGAAGCCAUACUUUUACAGGCACAUUCAUUUGCCAAUGAGAACAGCCAUUGUGAAUUUUACAAGAAUGAACCAAACGACAAUUCUGGUGAGUGGUAUGCUGAUAUUCGUACCUUGACAAGUACUUCAGGAGAAAAUAUUUGGGAAUUGAAAUGUCCUCAUUCUCCGGCUGGCAAUAAAAAGGAAUCGUUCUUGACUACCUUUUUAACUUUCCUCAAAACUGUCACAUAA